UUUACCAGGUGCCAUUUUGCUGAAGAUUUGAGAGGGUGAUCGCGGCAGAAACGAGUGGAAAAUUGUCGAAAAGCACCACAAAAACCCGCAUCUGUGGGUGUCAUUAUCGCGAUGUUCAUUGGUCAACAGUAAAAUGGGGCUUUGAUAAAAGUCAACAAAGAACCAAUAACUUUUUUUUGACUGAAAUGGCCUUAACAACUGUGUGAAAGGGUUUCAGUGAGACUGAACAAUGGCCUCCAACCAGCCCAAAUCCCAAAGUCAAGUACCCGGACUCCCGCCCACUAUUCUAAUAGUACCAAAGGUGAGCAUCCAACAGGAUAAAGCCCAGACUACUCCUCAUCAAGCAGGUACUUCGCAAACUUCAUCGACUUCACAGGGUAUCCCAACUGCAACGGGGAUACCAUCCAGCCAACAGUUGGUGCUCAAUCUGCAGCAGGCCCAGCUCGGUCAGAAUGCCAAUCUCUCUCUUGGGAAUAACAUCACCCUGACUGUGCAGCCUGCCGCACAGCCGACAAGACCCGGGAUCAGUACAGGAGCCACGAUGCCCAAGCUAGGGGCCACGCAGGUGACAUUGGAGGGCCGAAAACAGGACGCUGCGGAACACCCCAACAAGGUGGGGGCCUUCUUCAAGCCACCCUCAAAACAGCCCGUGCAGGUCCCCCAGCGAGUGUACAAGAGAUCUGUUGCGGCAAUACAAAUGCAGCAGCUUAAGCAGAUUGAGAAACAAGUCAAGACAGGGGCCCUAACUCAGCCAGCACAGAUGCAGGGAUUGAUGCAGCCAAAGAUGCAGCCCAGCCAGGUUUCAGCCGUUCUGCUGCAGCCAAAGCAGCUACAGGGAAGCAUUGCAAACAGUGUGAGCAUUACAUCUGGAAGCCAAGUGGUUGCCACAACAGGAAAGUCUAGCGCAAGUAGCCCAACUUCCAAUGCUAAGAGCCAGCCUUUGUUGUUGCAGACAGCCAUGUCUCCCAAGAUCAUCGUCCAGGCCGCUCCAACAGGGACAGCACAUCAGACAGGACCUAACAAACCUGUCAUAAUCACUGCAGGGCAGAGAUUCACAAUCGUCCCCAACACCCAGGGAAACCUGUUAUCGCCGACAUCUGUUGGACCAACAGCAGGCAUAGCUGCCAGCAUUACCAGAACUGUGACCCCGACAGUCGCUCAAUUAGCACGGCAGCAGCGAUAUCAAAAAGCGCUGGCAGUAGCACAACAACAGCAACAGCAGCAGCAGCAGCAACAACAUCUAAUCACACAGAACGCCAUGGGUCAACGGCCUCUUGCCCUCAAGCAAACGGCAACAAGCCCCGUUCAAGUUUCCCCCGCGGUAACCAUCACACCAACACAAUUACAAGCAGUGGGGACUUCUGCAUCUACUUCCACCCUGGGUCAGAUUCAGUUCACACCAAGGAUCCCGCUAGCCAUAACAUCCCAAGCUCAGCAGCUGCAACAGCAGCAGAUCCAGUCGCUGACACCAGGAUCCAAAAUCACCCUGGGCCAGGUGGGUGCCAUCUCCAACGUCCACCACCGAACAUCCACCACAACACCAUCGACCAACAUAAGUAUGGGAGCAGGCGCAAACACCCAAGGGGGCAAUAUAUUGGCCCCUCAGCAGACACCGCUGACCAUCCUUCCAAAACAGUUUAUCCUCGCAUCUGGCAUUCCCGUACCAUCCACUCUACCAUUCAAUCUCCAGUCUGGAAGCACGCCGCUAUCCACCGUCCAGGCCAAGAUUAUCCAGACUCCAGUGCAAGGAGGUAGCUCCACACAGGCGAGUCUCCAGACCAACAUCAUGCUACAAGCUCUGCCUAAAUACACCCAAGCUCAGCUGAAAGCGGGAAGCGCUGCGGGAAAUCAAGCCUCUGCUGCAGUGGUCCAGGGUUCGACAUCACCCUCGGUUGUACAGCCUCACCUCAUACAGACAUGUGGUGCACAGGCAACCAUUGGACUGAUUCAGGUGAACCUAUCCCAGUCACAGCAGUCCCUAGCAACCGUCAACACCCUCAGUCAGCCCAUCGUCAGGGCAACCGUCCAGGCCCCUAUCCCCCACUCUCAGACCGAGGGCUCCAUGACCUACAGACCCCAGUUGCUGCAGGUGACCGGACUGCCCAAUCAGCAGUAUCUGCAGGUCGUGCCCCAGCCCCAGCAGCCUAUACUGCCCAUGCCGUCUGGCCAGCAAGUCUCUCAGAGCCCAGUGUCCAUGCCAGUUCCGAUCGCUCCCAAGAUGCCCUCGCCCAAACUCGGCUCACCGCAUCCAGUACUUACUCCCAUCACCGCCGAUGGUGACAAGAAUGCUGCCAAGGAGUCCAUGUCUAGCAUCGACGUGGCUUUGAAGUAUAAUAUGCCUUACCCUCAAGCACCCAUCCCGCAGCGGAAGCGGAGACACUCCGAGAUAGAAGAUGGUGAGGAGGAGAAAGAGACCAUUAAGGAAGAGGGAAAAAAGGAAGCCCCAGAUGCGCAAGAUGAAGACAAUAUUGAGUUCACAUGGGAGGAUUACUUGGAAAUCACAGGCUCCAAAGCUGCACCUCAUACAGCCUUUAAGCAUGUGGAGGCCAGCUUACAGUCCGGUGUCACAUUGGGCAUGAAGGUGGAAGUACAGAACAAACAGAGCGCUUACGUCCCUUACAGGACCUACUGGGUGGCCAGCGUAGUCUCAGCCUGCGGCAGCCUGCUGCUGCUGAGGUACGGCGGUUACGGCAACGACAGGUCGGCUGAUUUCUGGAUGGAUAUGGCCACAGGGGAGCUGCAUCCGAUUGGCUGGUGUGCCAGGAAUGGGCGGAGUCUACGGCCUCCUGAUGAAUUGCUGAAUAAAGGCCCCAGAAACUGGGAGGAUUACCUGGUAUCUUAUCUCACUGGGGCCAAGAGUAUACCGGAGUAUGUGCUGUACAUCAGAAAGGUGUCCAGCCCAACUCCAGUGGACCGGAUCAAGAAAGGCAUGCGUGUGGAGGUACAGGACGACCUCAACCCCCGCCACGCAUGGAUAGCCAUCAUCAAGGAGACGUACGGAGGCCGGCUCAGGCUACGCUAUGCAGGCAUCGAAGACAAUACUGAUGAUUUCUGGCUCUUCUAUCUCUCCUGGAGGGUGCAUCCCAUCGGCUGGGCUAAGGAGAAACUGGUCUUCAUGAAGCCCCCUGCAGUUGUGAAAAAGCGGAUUCCUAAUAACACGGAGGCAGCCUGGAAUACCAUGUACCAAUACGCACUGUCUGCAGCUCUGAAAGAAGCUUCAUUCCCUAAAGAGUUCUUCAAGGACCAGCCAAAGAUCCGUUGUCAUCGCUUCAGGAAAGGGAUGCGUCUGGAAGCCAUCAACCCAAAAGUGCCCUCCCAGAUCUGUCCAGCCACCGUCUCGGAGUGGCUGAACGACAAGUCCUUCCUGGUCACCAUCGAUAGCUUGACCGACGAGAAAUACAAGACCACCUUCAUGUGCAAUGCCGACUCUGGCGGCAUCUUCCCCGUCAACUGGUGUGAGAAGUAUGGAUACAUACUCACGCCACCUAAAGGUUACGGAGAGCCCCAUUUUCAGUGGAAUUCCUAUCUGAGAAAGAUUGACGCAAAAGCAGCACCCAGAGAUCUCUUCAGAAUUUAUUCCAGAGACCAUGAUUUCCGUCCCAUGAUGAAGCUGGAAGCCGUCAACCCUUUCUGCCCUUCAGAGAUCUGCGUGGCCACCAUCACCAAAGUGGUCAACCGACACAUGUGGAUUCACUUUGACAACAGCAAACUGCCCAAUCUGGUAGUGGACUCGGAAUCCUUCGACAUCUUCCCCGUGGGAUGGUGUGAGAGCAACGGAUACAUGCUCAAGGCUCCCAAGAAACUCAUCGCACGGAAAGCCAAAAAGGUUGCCAUUGUUUGGCCAGAAAAACAGAGUCGUCAGCCAUCCAUUUCCCCCAUGAGUCCGGGCAGAGAUUUGUAUCAGAAGAUCCGGAGUUUGAGCAGAGACGAGGACUCUGCAGAAGGUCAUGACAGUGACUGGACAGGCAAGGUCUUCUUCAACCACAAGUGCUUCUCGGGCCCCUACCUGAGCAAAGGCCGCAUCGCUGAGCUGCCCAAGGCCGUCGGGCCGGGCAUUGUGGUCCUGGUUCUGCGUGAGGUGCUGUCCUUGCUCAUCAACGCUGCUUACAAGCCUCCCCGGGUCCUCAAGGAACUGGAGAUUGAGAACGAGGAAACCGCUGGUAUGAACGGCCAUCUGCAAGUCAUGAAAGCAAAGUACAAAGGCAAAAGUUACCGAUCCAUGGUGGAGAUCUGCAAAUCCUCGGCUGAAAUGACGGAUUACUUGAGGACGGCGUGCAUCAAACUGGAGUGCUGUCCCAACCUGGUGUCUCUCCUGUGUGUCAGAGACGAGGAGGAAUGCCCCGACAACUGCACCAAUCUCACCAAGACCAAAUAUACUUACCAGUAUGGCAAGAAGAGGAAAUUCCACCACAUCGGCCGGCCGCCAGGCAGGAAGAACCCAGUCAAACCCCUCCUGCCCCCGGUCCGCAGGGGCAGCAAGCGGCGCAAGAGGCGCAAGCCGUUUGUCCACCGCAAGAAGCACAUCCUGUCCCAAGAAGACGGGGAACCAGACGGAAACGAAGAAGAUGGGGAGAUGGAAGAUGGGAGGAAACAAGAGAUGGGCAGAGGGGGAGGGGGAGGAGGUGGCAUGGGUGGGAUGAAGAAGAACACCACGUCUCAGACGGUGGCGCACGCACUGCUGCAGUCGGCUAAGAGAAAAAAGAUCCAUCCACUGCCACCCAAGCUGAUACUACCGCACCGAGAGAGAGGCACAAAGCUGAAGACGUUUGCUGCAAUUCUGAACCCCAACCGAGCUCAGAAGAAAGUCGAGAAGGAGAAGAAACCACUAGAGAAUAAUUCCACCGUCAACCACAACAAGCCAAAGACUAAAGCAUUGUUAACAAACAACAAACCAGAUGACCGGCUUCAUCUGACGUCCAAUCCACUCAAGUGGACCAUCAGUGAAGUGGUCAAAUUCAUCAAGAAAACCGACUGUGCAACACUAGCCAGGAUAUUUGAAGAACAGGAAAUUGACGGCCAGGCGCUACUACUGCUCACCCUGCCCACGGUGCAGGAAUGCAUGGACCUGAAGCUGGGGCCUGCCAUCAAGCUCUGCCACCACAUCGAGAGAGUCAAGAUCGCUUUCUACGACCAGUUUGCCAAGUGAGGCUUGCCAGGGGCAGUUUGCCAAGAACGACUGUAAAAGUUCAAGGAUUUGCUCUGCUCUUUCAACUUUUAUAGCGCUUCGCCCACAAGCUUAUCUCCCCACAUGGUGUGCUGAGUCCCCAGCCUUCCCUCACAGCCUUUAACCUAACCAACCCCCCAAAAUUAAUAUCCUUACCAUCAUUACUUGGACCAUGGCCAAAGCCUGUCUUCCCCAAUCUGCCAAUCUAAAGUAGUUGCAGUAUCUGGUUUGC